ACCGGCAGAUUCAGCAAAUAACUUCAAAGCGAGCGGACGACUUUUCUAUACUCUCUUGAUCGAGAUAAGCAAGAUUUCAAAAUUUAGCAUCUUCUUUCUACUGUAAAAGUGUAUUACACCAUUGGAGCUAUAUUACAAGAGUAUCAACAAUCAAGAGAACAUACGUGGAUAUAAUGGGAACGUACACGCUAAGUCUGAUCCUGUUGGGAUUGUUAGCCUGUGUAUUUUCGGCCGUGAACGGAAAUCUGUGUGGAGAAAAUCAGUUCCGAUGCGACAACAACAAGUGCAUCCCAAGUGUAUGGAAGUGCGACAAUGAAGACGACUGUGGAGACAAUUCCGAUGAGACAGUGUGUGGCCAACUGACAUGUAGCUCUGCAGAGUUUGAAUGCGUUGGUUCAGGAGCAGGUAACGGAGGCUCAACAUGUAUUCCAGCAAGAUGGCGCUGUGAUGGUGACAGCGACUGCCCAGACGGAUCAGAUGAAAUUGCCUGUCAGACCCUAACCUGCUCUCCUAGCCAGUUCAGCUGUGGUCCUGGUAAGAACUGUAUUCCCCUGACAUGGAGAUGUGAUCGUGAUGUAGAUUGCCCAUCUGGAGCUGAUGAGCACAACUGCGAUGCUUUGACAUGUGCGUCAAACCAAUUCACCUGCAACAACAAGAAAUGCGUUACAACUCGUUGGGUCUGCGAUGGAGACAACGAUUGUGGAGAUGGUUCAGAUGAGAUCAACUGCCCCAGUCUAACAUGCGCCCCAGACGAGUUUGAGUGCACAGGCCACAACGAAACCACCUGCAUCCCCAACAGAUGGAAGUGUGAUGGGGACAUUGAUUGCCGCGAUGGAUCUGACGAGUCAAGCACCCACUGCUCAGGUCCUACUGUGCCAUGUUCUGCAGGACAUUUCCAAUGUACCAGUGGCGAGUGUGUCCAUAAUUCAUGGAAGUGUGAUGGAGAGAGGGACUGUUUCGAUGGAUCAGAUGAAGAUUCUUGUCCACUUGUUACGCCGAGCCCCUGUGCUGCCAACGAAUACCAAUGUGACAACGGUGUUUGUAUUCCAGGAGAUGUGGAAUGUGAUGGUACCCAGCAGUGUGCUGAUGGUAGUGAUGAAGCAAACUGUAAUGCGCCUGCAGAGUGUAAUCCAACCACUCACUUCAAGUGUUCCAACUCUACCUGUCUGCCAAUGGUACGUGUGUGUAACGGCAUCCCUGAAUGCCCAAACAACGAGGAUGAACCAGGACACGAAAUAUGUGGGAGGAAUGAAUGCUUGACAAACAACGGUGGCUGCAGCCAUACAUGUCUCGACCUUGCCAUCGGCCAUGUGUGCACAUGCAAUGCAGGCUACACUCUUGUGAAUGAGACACAGUGUGUGGACAUCAACGAAUGCAAGACCACACUAGGUAUCUGCAGUCAACGAUGCUACAACCUUCCAGGAUCAUACAAGUGUGACUGUGAUGAGAACUAUACCCUGGAGAAUGUCAACGACCGUGGGCACUGCAAGGCCAAUCCAGAGUUUGGUGCCCCAAAGCUUCUCAUUGCCAACCGACAUGACAUUCGCAUCUUUGACCCUAGUACAUCUUCUGAAGAUUACAUCAAGAGGUCCCUCCACAGUGCCGUGGCUGUUGAAUUUGAUUCAGCAUCGAAUACCGUCUUCUGGACGGAUGUCGGACUGGAAGUAGUGUCCAAAACCCAGCUGCAAGCAGAGAAUGAAGUAGUACCUGUGGUUGUGACUGACAAAGUGAAGACUCCCGAUGGCAUUGCUGUGGACUGGAUCAACAAGCUCCUAUACUGGACCGACACUGGCGUCGACAACAUCGUUGUGUCCAACUUUGAAGGCACCCGGCACACCGUUCUGAUCUCCAGCAACCUUGACGAGCCCCGAGCAAUCGCUGUGGACCCAGAGUCUGGUCUCAUGUUCUGGAGCGACUGGGGACUAGGGGUGAUCGAGCGUGCUGGCAUGAACGGACAAGGACGCACCGCCAUUGUGACCGAGGGCGUGUCUUGGCCCAACGGAUUGACCCUGGACUACACUCUUGAUAUGCUCUACUGGAUCGACGCCAAGGAAAGCAGCAUCAGUUGUGUGGAUUUCAUGGGUGGAAAUCGGCGAGUGGUAGUGGCUGGACAAGGUCGUAUCUCCCAUCCAUUCAGCAUUGCUGUCUUUGAAGAUUACAUCUACUGGACGGACUGGACCAAGGAGAGUAUCGAACGCGCUGACAAGUUCACUGGCUCUAACCAGACAACUAUCCUCUCUGGAGUAUCAGAUGCCAUGGAUGUCAUCGUUGUUAAUCCUCUCCGACAGGCUCCUUCUGCAGGAGAAGUGCCAUGUGCCACUGACAAUGGAAUGUGUUCCUACCUGUGCGUGGCUUCUCCUCAGGUUGAUGGUCCUGCUGACUACUCGUGUCUCUGCCCUGUUGGUGUAUCGCUCACCGCUGAUGGACACACCUGUGAAGGAGAUGAGCCAAACCCAAGUGUCCCUCAACCUUCUGUGCCUUCCACAGCCCUUCCACCCACCACCACCCUACCUCCCGUCAAACCCACUAAGCCUACCAUGGCUACUACACCAAAGAUAGUCGAGGAGACAACGACGAUUGCCGCGCCACUCACCACAGGAGGAGUAAAUGUGGUUACAUCUAGUCCAAUGGCCAAUACCCACAUGAUAGUAGCCGUUGUCAUCGGUAUCAUCCUUAUACUACUUCUCUUCGUCUUCAUCAUCUUCUUUGUACUCUACAAGAGGCACUCCAACCGCAAGAAGAGGACAAUGAACUUUGACAACCCGGUAUACAGAAAGACGACUGAAGAAACCUUCUCAUUAGACCCCGAGACAAAAUAUGAUCACAAUGUUGGCAAACCUGGCAAGAACGGAAAUGCCUAUGUUAGGAUCAAUGAAGAAAUGGCAUAAUGUCAACUUUCAACUAGGACCAAAGCUUAGUUAGGUACCUAGCUCGCAUCAGUUUUCCACCAGCUGCUCAGCCCACUGGGUCAAAAGAUCAUCUCUUGAAAUCAGACUGUCUGCAUGCAGAAAGACCCAAAGGAAAGCAUGAGUUGCAUAACUGAAAUUGUUCGUCAUCGAGCAGACAUUCUGCACGAAACUGGACCGUAUGCGUGGGUCGUGGCUGUAUUCCCUUGCCAAUGUUUAAAGAAGAAAGUCCAACGGACAAUGUUUGCCUGGAGAGCUGGAAGAGAAGAUGCUAUAGAGAAUAUGAUUUAUUAAUGGUGCUAUAUUUUUGUAUGGAAAAGAGGAGAGGUGAAUUGGUGAUACUUCUCUAUGUUAUGUCAAUGAUGCUUAUCCCCCGACCACCCCUCACCAAAAGAAUGUCAGUUUGAUGAAGCUGGAAUAGAGUUUACCAAAUCAAGUGUGCCUUCUUAUUUAUUGGCCAAAUUUUAAAUUGAAUCAACAACAAAGAGAGUGCUAUUUUGCCAAUUGUAGUUGGAGUCUUGUUGAGCUGCAUGUCCUAGCCAUCUACACAGGGGCCGGGGUUAUCCUUCUUAUGAAACCAAGGAGCCCCAAAAUAUUACUUUGUAGCUUUGAUGAGUUCUACCUCAAACAAAUAAUACUGAUGCUCCAAGUUGCAUUCAUGCAGAGAAAUUUUAAGCAAGUCAUUGCAAACGUUUAAAUGGCUACAUUUUUCUCAAGUAUGAGCUCAUUGUCAAUUCUGCAGACGAGGAGUUGGUUUUUCGAUGCACUUCUUUUGGAUUUCCUCCCUCUGAAAUCGAUAUAGUGAAUUCCAACAUCAUUCCAUGAGAGUUUUUCUCUCUUCCUAUCUCUCGUAUCACUUUCCCGUUGGUCAGGGGGAUAUAAAUAAUAUUAUAGACGUUAUGCAAAGACAUUUCUUGUACAGUGUGAAUAAGAAACUUUACAUGUAGAUAAGGAGAGAUGGUGUAAAUAAGAGCCUGUAAUUAUGUAACUAUUAUGUGUAUGUCAUAUGUAUGUAAAUAUAGAGAUUAUUUGACGGAUAGACCAUGCUGUACAAGACAUGCAGUAAAUGUAAAUGAUAGAUGAUAUUUAUUUUGUAAAUAGGUCCAAGAGAUAUAGCACGCUUUCUUGUAUUACUAGUGAGAAGUCGUCACUGUAGCAUUCAUUAGGCAGCGCUUUGCAUGCAAAGAAGAUGAAAAAUAGAACAUGAAAACCAAGAUAAGCUAGUAGUUUUGAAGAUGGCGUUUCUCCAAGAAAGUGCGGGAAAAUGCCAAUUGCCAAAGAGAACCCGUUGCAGACAAAAGUGGUUAAAAUCAUGUAAAAAAAUAAAAAACAAAAACAAAAAAAAUAUUAAAAAUAAAAAAACAAAUAAAAAGGAGAGAGGUAAGGACAAAUGUUUGGCAAGAGAUAAGAAAAAAAAGAGAUGGCCAUCAUUAUUUGUGUAUGUUUAUAGUAGACAUACCUGUGUUUGUGUUCAUAUGCAAGGCGUUUGGGCAGCAAUAAUCAUUGCCUUUUUUUCUGAAAUGUGUGAACUGGUUUGCAGGCGUUCUACCUCUAUGAGGUCAGAUACCUGUCCCGAUUCUAGUUAAGAAAGGGAAAGUAUAGUUUAAUGUGCACUUAGUUAUUUAUCUUUUAAUGUAUUAGCAUACAUGUAUCUGGGUUUCAUGAAAGUACUUGUGUAUGAAGAGCAAGAUGGGGGAAAGAGAGAGAUGAGGCGUUUCUCAUUGGAGAACUGUUCAGAGAAGAUAGGUUGCCAUAUGACGGUACACCUUGGUGGGAUCAAAACAUGUUUUUUUUUACUGAAAUGAGCCAUGAAGCCCGAUACAGCAAACUUAGAAGAAGAGAAAACAGAGACGAAUCUCUGCCUGCAUGCUUGGAAACUUGUACUAAGAGAACCAAGGGCCCACACAAUCAACUUAUAUCACGAGUAGUUUCAGAAUGUAGAAUGUAUGCUUUGAUAUUCACAAGAAAAAGACUUGUGAUUAUUGCACAAGUAUUGUUACAAUUGUGUAUGCUAGAGGUUUGUCCCUUGACUAACUGCCAAUAUGUUAUCCUUUUGAGAGGCACAUCAAUUUAUAUGAUGAUAUACAUAACUGAUUUGCUAGUUAGUUAGUGGUAUAUAUAUAUAUAUGUGAACUUGGUAGAGAAGUUAGGUCUAUAUCAGUACAUCAUAUCACCUUUAACUUCCUUUAAAUGUACAUCAUAUAAACUGAAUGUCAAAUGUGUGUGAUUAUCUUAUUGAAAUUGAUAUAUUCAUCAGGAGAUAUCUUUGAUACAGAUGAUUAUUCCAUGGCGUUCAUGCCAAUCACUUUUUUAUAUAUGAUAACUAUGAGAUGAAAUGGUGGAUAAAAUAUUAUCCAUUUCCAUUUGGUUCUGGUCAAACAUAUAUAAACGUUUUAUGUAUUCAGUUGAUUGGAGAAAACAGGAAAUUUCAUUUUAAUUUGUGUUCCAUUUUUAUUUUAAUGCCAAUAAUGACAACUCUGAUUAACUGUUAAAUGCAUUUUCUUUAGCUGUGUGCUUUUCUAUCGAGGCUCAUCUUUUCUUUCUUCUGAAAUCUUUUCAUUCUAGUUUCCCUCAUGUACAAUGAUAUUAAGUAACUUAUUUAUUACAGUCCUUGCUUAUUCAAACAACGUUGGUUCAUGGACAGUUCAUACCAUUUAUAUCGGUUAAUGUAUUCGCAAAUAUUAUGUCUUAUUUCUGUGUACAAUGUAUAAGAAAACAUCCAGAUAAUGUAAAACUUUGACGGUCUGCCAUUUUCGAGAAGAGAUGCAAACCCGAUGAUUUGACUUGGAACUCAAGUUGUGUAAAUAUGUUUGUAAAGAAAUGAUCGCUAAAUAGUAUUCUAAAUAAAGCGGUUAUGAUGUAUAAUUUAAGAAUCACCUGAAAAUCCGUUCCGUUGAAUUCGAUUCGAAUGAAGAUAAAUUAUAAAUAAAACGAAACACGUUUCAAACGUUAA